AAGACGAGAAAUCAUAAGAUGGUGAUGAUGAUGAUUGUCAAGAUAUAACUAGAUGAAAUAUAACAGUUGAUGGAUAUGCUUUUAGGGAAAAGACAAAGUGAAAAGUAAAAAAAAGGCUUGAUAACAACAUAAUGUAAGCUCUGGUUGGCUUAUUGUUGUUCAUGGUAAGAACUCAGCACCCAAAAAAAAGUUCACCAGUGAAUAUGUUCAGGGAUAACAACAAUGGUGGUAAUAACAAAACAAUAUGUAUGCCGGGGUCACACUUGGUUUCAAUUGUUACAGUUACAAUUUAAAGUUGCCAGUUGAACAACAAGAGUAGGAAGAUGAAAAAGCAGUGAAGACACUUUUUACCAUUGUAAGUUAAUGGAGGUUCUUGUUGUUGGAUUUAACGCAUGUGAAGAGAUGUUUAGAUCGAGAUGAUGUUCAAGUUGUUGUUGAUGAUGCUGAUGAUGCUGAUGAUGAUGAUGAACAAUCGAUAGGUAGAAAAAAAUAGAAAGUAAAACUAGAAAGAGAGUUGACUAAGGAAUGAUUUGACUCUCUUUUAGCCUUCAUUUCUGGCACAAAUUUUCUGGCAACAUUGGGUUAAGAUAAUAUUAUAAGAUUUUUCCCUAUUGACAAUCUUUUCUGCUCCUUCUUGUCUCAUUGCUUGAAAACAUAAUAAACAUCUAUGGAUAUAUAUCAAGUUAUUUUGUAUUAAAAACUGUCUCUCUCCCAUUCAUCUUGGUUACUCCAAUCAACACCACAUUAUUGUUAUCAGUAUUCAAGUGUUAAAUCAUCUCAUCAAAGUCCACUUUCAUUAUUUUGUUAACCACAGUUAUUGCUAUCAAAAGAAAACUCUAUUUAAUGCUUUCCUCUCUUUCCUUGGAUACAACAUUGGACUUUACAAUGGCCUUUUUCAAUAUUGUGAUACAUUAUUCAAUCAUUUUUCAUUAGUUUGUUUUGUUUUUAUUUUUGGUUGCCGUUGUUAUCAUUAUAAUUGCUACUCCUGUUGUUACUGUUGUUUAUGACCAACAUUAAAAAAACAAACAAUGAACCAAAAUAUAUGCAUACAAUAUUUUAAAGCGUUAUUCGUUAACCUGAAACUCUAACUGUUAAUGUUGCUAACAAAUGAAUAUCAAAAUGAUACAAAUGUGUCCAUCUUUACUACAACCACUGGCAAUCAUCCAAUACAAUUAUAAUUAUCUUUAUCAACCAAUAUUUUCUUGAUACACCAUUUUAAUAGUCAUCAUUAUCAACUAAUACAUUUCGCUUUCCAUUGGGUUUACCAUCAAAGCCAAAAAAUUGAAGCAACACCAAAAACAAUCCAUUUUACAUCAUGUUAUCCUGUUUGUUUACAACUAAUGUAUUCAUGGAGAGCAAAUUAAUUAUACAUUUUAAUCUUUGACACAACAAUCAAUUUGUAAUUCAAUCUAUGAAUGAAGAUAUUAAAUGAAGCUGGGUUUGUUAUGCGUUGAGAUGGUAAUCAUUAUGUUUCUCGGUAAUAUUGGAUCAGAUUAUCCUGAUGAUUUACCAUCUUCUUGUCCUCGAGAUAAAUCAAGAUUGGUUAAAACCAUAGUUGAUAAGAAAAUUUUACCCAUUUUUGAACGUUAUCGCAUUGAAAUGCCUAUUGAAUGUCCUUUCCAUCCUCAUCGUGAUGUCCUUUGGUGGCCUGAAGAUAAUUUAUCGACAUUUAUCUUCAAUGAUCCAGAUGGCCAAUCCUCAACAUCCACACUUUCGGUUACCUCAAUCACUGCGACUCUUGCUUCGUUUUUCACAUCAAUAUGGCGAUGUCCACUUUGUAGUAAAAUAUUUGCCUGUUCCGAAACUUUGGCCUCACAUUGGGAUGCUGAACAUCGACUUUACCGUCACAGGACUGAAAAUUUUGUGUGCCUAAGUGACUUUUGUGAUUUCAUGCGAUGCGAUGUGUUGAGCCGUCGUCGUAUUUAUCCAACCAUUGGUACAUCCAAAUACUUGGCUCGAGUUCUUUCACCAACAUUAUCAAUUGAUCCUGGAUAUCUGUCGCCUCCUUCAUUACUACCCACCCUUAAUCCAGAGAAUUGCAAUAAAACUGAAAUGGUUGAAUUGGAAAAACGUUGUCAAACUGUGGUUCGCCAGUGUAUCCUACCCCUGUUGAUAGAUAAGAUAACAAUGAAAGAUUUUCGAGACAUGGAGGAAGAUAUGGUUAAAGAAACUUGUGGUUACCUUAAUUGUGAAAAAUUUUGGGACAUGACAAUUCAUAUGGAUCGGACCAGGCCAUUGUCAUUAUGCGUACUGAUUGGUAUAAUCAUGAUUAUUGGAUUCCUUAUUUGUUACUACAUUGUCUGGUCCCUUUUUGAGUCAACAAUGGGUCUUAAACAAGAAAGACUAAAGCAAUUUAAGAUGCGACAAUUGAAAGGAGACCGACAAGCUAUUUUAACGACGCCAACAUCAAAAAAAGUAGCAACACCGACAGAAUCUUCAGGAUCACUUGCAAAGAAACGAUUACACCAAAGUAUGCCCGUUCGUCAAUCUGGUGAGUCUGAAACAUCGCAAGAAAAUAGUCCGGCAUCAAAUGAGAGUAGAUACAUGGUUACACAUACUGGUAGACGGCAUCAGCGACCAAGUCAUCUUUAUUUGGCCUCAGAGUUGGCUCUUUUACUUGAGAAAAGAUCAAUGGAAACAGUUCCAGAAUCCUCUGAUGACCAAGGAUCAAUCAGCUUGGCUUCGCAAUCGAUUUCUUCGCCUUUACCAUUUCACCAUAAGCAAUCACCAUCAUUUGGUAUGAAUCGAUCAGAUGUAGCGAUAAUAUCUGACCGACAAAAUGAUUCUCAAGCUUCACAGGGUUCACAAAAUUCUCGCCAAUCUAAAAAUAGUUCACAAUCAACAGCUUCAACACAAGAAGCAGUCAAUAACCGUUUGCACCACUUUCCCAAUCGAAGGCGAGAUUUUGCGUUGAAAGGUCGACGGAAUAAGUAUGAUGAUGAUCACAGCUAUGAUGAUGAAGAUACAGACGAUUUAGUGGGGGUAACCAAAGAAUCUAGAUCUCAGUCUAUAAUUAAAUCAUCGCCAUCACCUCCAUGUAUAAAGACAAGGGCAAGAGUUGAAGGAACAAUGUCUGAUUUAGAAACUAGAAGACCAUGUGAAUAUCGUAAUAUGAGAUCACCGGGUGAAAGCUUUACAGGUCGAGAGAUUAAAAAUGGUACACGAGACUGUGAGGUUAAUCUUAAUAAAGUAGUAAGAUCAACUAGUCGCAGUCUACACCGUGUAUCAUACUCCAUAGGAAAUCAAGGGUUGGAAAGAGGUCGUGGAGUUGAACGAGAUUCAUCAGCUUCCGAUACAGUCACAAGCGUAGGUCCAGAUAUUGAAUCAGAGCCAGUGGUUUCAUCCACAAGUGGAAGACGGUUUAACAGGCCAGGAGUCGUUCGUAGUAUUUCUUCAGCAGGAAAAACACGGCGAUUAGCAAUGGUUUCCCAGCGAUAUUCAUCACAGCCAUCGUCUUCAACAACAGCUGAUGCACCAACAACCUUUGAUGCAAACCAGCCUCGAUAUCCAUUGAUUAAAUCACAAUCUAACCCAGUUGUUCCUGUUAGACGGUCAAAAAGCCAAUUAACAUCAUUAAAUCGAUGA